AUGUGUCCACAACAACAAUCAAUGACCACCACCACGUCGUCUACUUUAAUGACACAUAGACAGAAUGUAAUAUUCAGUGUAUUUCGAAACACUGUAUUGAUAAAACAUAUAUUUAGAUGUAUCAACUCGAUCAAUCAUCCCUACCUCACAUGCAAUCCUCAAGACAGCAACAAUAACAACGAGAAUAACAACAAGUAUAUAAUCAAGUUGACCAAGUAUAGAGAAUGGUGUGAUGCAACAUUGAUGGUUCAAAAUGGGUACAAUAAUCUAUUGAUUGACAAGAUCAAUAGAAAUCAAGUGAUUGUCAACUUUACUUCAAGAACCAUUCAAGAGUUAUGCAGUAGUCGUUCAACAACACUAGACCACCUACAAUUCUUCCUCAACCAUGCAACAACAAGUCUAUUUUUUAUUGGAGGCCGUUCAUUGAUCAUUCAAGCAUGCAACGGUGGCAAUAUCAAUGUUGUAAAGACACUUCUUCAAAUCACUCAUCCUCUCCCAUUACUCUACAACACUGUCAACUGUAUUCAAGCAAUAUUAAAAAAUAUCAACACAACUUCACCUGAAUCAACCAUUCAAUUAUUAAAGUUAUUCUUAAUUGAUAAUAAUAAUAAUAAUAAUAAUCAAAAUAAUCAAAAUAAUAAUAUAUUAUUUGGAGAGAAUGGUAUAAUGAAUCCAAAGAUUAUAUUUCAAUUGGGUGAUCGAGAUUUGAUAGAAUUGUAUUAUCAAAAUGUUGCAGAGACAACUCCAAAAAGUAAAUCAAACUAUGAUGCUGUUAGAUUGGCUAUGGUCAACCACAAGGAUGGUACAAAUAGACUGAAACUUUUGGAACAGUAUAACCAGUGCUGUGGAGUAGACGAUCAUUUGGAAUACACCCGGGAUAUGAUGAAAGAGAGGUUUGGAGCAGACACGUUGGAUCCAGUUGAAUUGGACAUGUUGGUAUUUAAUCAUACAGUGUUGGUAUCGACCGACUUUGCAUUCACCUAUUCACCAGUGAUUAGACAGCUACUCAAAGAGAUGUUUGAUAUUGGGUUGGUGCAAUUGGACCGGUUCACACUGUACACUUACUUUUUUAAAAGUUUGGUGGAUCAAGCUUUUACAAAAGAUACGGCCGACCGCACACAAGACGGUCAAUACUCUUACAGAGGGUUUGUCUUGUUUACACAUCUACUUUCAUUCCUUCCAUUAGAUAUUUUAAAGGAGAUGUUUGCCAUUGUCGAUGGCGAGGAGGAUGAAGAGGAAGAAUUUUCAAGCGAGGCUAUCGGGCUCUCAGAAUGGGGGAAAUGCGCGUUAUGGUUACCGUGUUGUAUACAUUGGAGAGACGAUCGCGACGAGUAUACCCAGCACGGGUUAGAAAUACUCACAUACAUAUUCGAUACGUACAACAAGGACGACCAACUCGACUUGGCUGCCCCACUAACCGGUGUGGGCAGCUCAGACAUACUACACUACCUCUUGGAGAUGGAACGCGAUACAGGACACAUGCUCGAGUUUGAAGGUGACCGCGACUUGGGUGCUGCUAUCGAUGCGCGAGCCAUCCAGUACGUUCUAUCAUCCUACCACAAUCUGUGUAUGUAUGUCGACUACUCGCAGAUCCUAAACGACCCCAUACGUCUCAUGUCGGAUGAUUUCCCCAGUCUCUUGGCCACUAUGCAGCAACAGAGUGUACAGAUGAAGCGGUCCAUGUCAACAGACUUUUUGCACAAGUUUGAGCUUGUCAAGGCGAGUGUUGCAGGUCUCGGACUGACGACCGCACAAAUAUCAAAAAUCGGUGCCAAGGGGUCGUCGGAAUGCUUUGAAGCGUUCAAGGCACACUUGGAUGCUAGCAGCAAGUACCCAAUCAUUUUCAAGGCAGCCGUACAUAACCACCAACUCGAGUUUAUCAACCGACAUCCAGAGCUGCACUUUGCAGCCAAUUAUGUUGUCGGACCGAGCACCUCACCGUCGUCACUGUACACCGACUAUGACACUAUACGUUGGUUGUUUCGCGAUAAUGCCACUGCACUCGACAAUAGCGACGACUACCUAUUCCAAUUACUCACCAAUAAUGGUGGAGGUAAUCUUCAACUUGUCACCUCGAUCUUGUUGUUUAAACGAUCGGUUCAUCAUUAUCCUCUUGAUCAACAACAGACCGACUACAAAGAAUACAAACAAUUUAGAAGUAGAUGUAAACAAGUUAUACGUGCCAAGUUUCACUAUUCAUGGUUUGAAUCGUCAGCAGAGUUGUUAAUGUAUUUCUAUCGUCAUCACUAUCCUUUUAAUCAUUCUGACAAAAAUAAUAAUAAUAAUAAUGUUAAUGAUACACAAGUCGCUGAUGGUACAUUACUUGGAUUAUUAUUAAACAAUAAAAUAAAUAAAUAA